CCGCCCAUUUGACAAGUGGCGGGCAGGACGGACCAGGAAGUGGCCGAUUUGGGUAGCGACCAAAGUGGUACUCUAACUGUGGGAUCCUUUCCGCGCUCUCCCAAGUUUCAGCCUUUCUUUCCAAUCUACGAAACCUAAACCUCCAAACACCCUGCCGAAUCCCCUUUGACGAAGCGACAACUCGGCCCAGAACCCGACCCUAGAUCGCACCAACAGCUCAUCGAAACCAACUCGUACGACAGCACCAGCACCAGCACACUGUCACUAUGAAGCUGCAUUACAUCGGCGUCAUCCGGAACGAGAGCACGCCCUCUCACGAGCUCGUGUCCGAGAAGGAGCUCAGCGCCUACUCUCGCUUCACGAGAACGAACUAUGGAGAAUUCAUGACGGUGUUUGCCAAGACAGUGGCAGAAAGGACAAAGCCCGGUCAACGACAGGACGUCGAGGAACAAGACUUCACAUUCCACGCAUAUGGUCGAUCCGAGGGCGUUUGCGGAAUUAUUAUCUCCGAUCACGACUAUCCAGCUCUCGUGGCUCACCAGCUGCUCUCCAAAGUUGUCGAUGAGUUCCUUGAGGCAAACCCACGGUCCUCAUGGGCAACGGGAUCGCCCAAGCCAUCAAUGCCACAACUGAGAGGUUACCUCGAGAAGUAUCAAGACCCACACGAGGCCGACAACAUCAUGAAGAUCCAGAAGGAAUUGGACGAGACCAAGAUUGUCCUUCACAAGACCAUAGAGAGCGUGCUGCAGCGAGGCGAGAAGAUCGAUGAUCUUGUUCAGAAGAGUGAUGGACUGAGUUCCCAGUCCAAGAUGUUUUACCAACAAGCAAAGAAGCAGAAUUCAUGCUGUCUUGUCAUGUAAUCGCUGCAUCGCAUCGCAGUCCCUGUCUUUAUCGCAGUUUACCUCGACGGUCGGGUCUAGUUUGUCCUGGGUAGUGGAGGCCACUUGAUUUUAAGAAAGCAAUCGUCCCCGCGUCUACCAGCAGAACACAUGUGGCGUUAGGAAUCCUGGCCAUUGUCGCCCGUUGGUCGACUCCUAUAUAAUCAAACUUCCUAUGAUUUACACCCCCUGAAGACGUUCCUGGAAACCAGCAGUUUGUGACGCGGUUCUUACCGCCACGUUUCGCCGAGGUGGCCGUUCCUAGAAUCACAAGGGGGCAGGGCCCGUGUAGCGCGGUACUGGCUGAAACGGUCGCAGUCAACAUGGCGAGGGUUGACAGGCAGUCUGGCAGUUGGGUGGCACCAGCAGCGGCAACCGAUUUGCCUGCCCGGACGCGAAACUCACCGACGCUGUCGCAGCCCUAAAUGCCACCGAGCCCGUGUGACGUGACGGGUGAGCGAUCAAGCAAGUGAUAUAACGAACCAUUCAACACUACCUCCACAUAUCACACUUCUUCGUAACGGCGGCUGUGUAAACCUCCGCUGGACAAUGCUACCUUUGCGAGUCACGCUUGCAGCCCAUCAUGUUUUAGAAGACCUUUCCCAUUGACAACAAAAAGGGGGAGUGGUUUGCAUGUGAAAAAGGCUUGUCUCGCGCAUCGGAGGCAUCACGUCACAAAGAGACACGGGCGAUCCUUUUGGUGUUCAUCCUGAAUGGCUUCCGGGUUUUGUGAAACUGCCUAUAGACGGGCAUGGCGACAUAUUGAUAUAUACACCGUGUCCCCCCGCCCCAUACACCUAGCUUCCAAACCCGACCCCACAACCAUCCCAGUUCAACCACAUCCUGGCUGUGGUUUGCCAGUGCCAGAACACUGGAGCCAUGUCCUUUCCUGUUUCUGGUGUCCCAAAAA